CGAAGGGGGCGGUUGCCAUGUGUGGACGGUGUACACGCGUCCCAGGUAGCUCCGUGUGCACUUUCCCGAAGGAGUCGCGGCAAGUGGCUCGGAGCCUCCUUCUCGCGGCUCCUUUGCCCGGCCGACGAGGGAGCCUGUGGACUCGUGGCGAACGCCAGCAGCGUCUGCACGACUAGCGAGAGCCUUGCCUAGGUGAGGCACCAUGUCUACUGCUGGCAUCGCGGCUCCAGAGAUGAGGCUGCCUUUGAAGACUGGCUUUCUCCACAGCGGCCAAGGCCUUGGCGGCCUGAAGACCUGUUGGAGCAGCCACGGCGGCGGGUUCGAAAACUCUUUCUUCAACAUGGACCCUGUCACCAUGGCCUACAGCCUGGACCCAUCUGCGCAGCACCGCUUGAUGUCUGUCGGCCACGCUUCCUAUCCUGACGCCUCCCAAGGCCACGGCCGUGCAGAGAGUGGCUGCCACGCCUCGCCCAGCCCUCCUCUGCUGAGCCCCCCGACCGAGAGGCCCACUUCCGACCCAGGGGACGGCAUCCUUCCCGGCUUCGGCAGGCUGUCCCUCGACCCGAGCGGGGCUCCCGACGCGACGCCUCCCCUCACCCCUGUGAAGAGUGGGCCACUGCCAUUGCUGCUCUUCCCGCCCGGGCCUUCGAGCGAGCGGAGCGCCCGGCCGCUGCCCCCGCUGCCCCUGGCCCAGGACCUGCUGCUGGACGAGGUGGACAGGGAGGUGGAGUUCCUGACUGGUUCCGACACGGACUUUCUGUUGGAAGGCGGUGGCGGCGGCAGCAGCAGCAGCAGCAGCAGCCCGGCCUUUACAGCCGCCUCUCAUGGGAGGCUCAGCUUCAGGGGCUGCGGGCAAAUCAACUACGCCUAUGCUGCUGAUGCCCCCACGGGGCUGGCGCCCGAGGAGCCCCCACCCACCUCCGUGAAGCAGAGCGGCUGUGCAGCUAGCGCUGGCCCUCCACCGCCCCCGCCCCCCCCUGCGCAGCAGCUGCACCGGCGCUUGCGGCGUUCGCAUUCCGGGCCCGCCGGCUCCUUCCACAAGCCCGUGGCACGGGCCUCGAGCCACGUCCACGGGGCCUCCCCCAGCUCCGGCGAGGAGAAGCCAGAGGUGCCACCCCGGGCGCCUAUCCCGCCCCGAGUGCUGAAGCCGGACUACCGCCGGUGGUCGGCCGAAGUGGCUUCCUGCGGUGAGGAGGAGAAGCCGCCCCGCGUGCCGCCGCGGGAGCCUCUCUCGCAGAGCCUCUCCCGCACCCCGAGCCCCAAGAGCCUGCCCUCGUACCUCCACGGCGUGAUGCCGGCCACGCAGAGCUUCGCCCCUGACCCCAAGUACGUCAGCAGCAAGGCCCUGCAGAGGCAGCACAGUGAGGGCUGCUCCUCCAGCAAGGCCCCCUGCAUCCUGCCCAUCAUCGAGAAGGGCAAGAAAGUCAGCUCCACCCACUACUACCUGCUGCCCGAAAGGCCGCCUUACCUGGACAGGUACGAGAAGUUCUUCCAGGAAGCGGAAGAGGCUAGUGGCGACUCUGCGGAAGGAGGGCGGCAGCAGCAGCCGUGAGGUGAGGAAGAUGCCUCAGCCGGCCCGUGAAGCGCAGGCACUCGCCUUGUGUGGUGUCUCCGGAGGAGGAGGCCUGGCGGCGAGACCUUCUCCAAUGGCGGCCUGCUCCUGGACUUGGCUACGCUCCUCGGCGCCCUCUUCUCACAGGUCUGCUCAGGAGGAGGCUUGGAGAAAGACUGGCACGUCCGUAGCCCCGGUUGGCCCAUUGGUCACUCUUCUGGAGCAGUGUAUUUAGGAACUCCCCUGUGUGGGCAAGGGACAGCCGUCCUGCGAACGGGGCAGCGGCUGAAGCUGAAGGCGCAGGCAAAAGUGCACUUUUGGAACACUGGCUGGGCCCAUGGGGGGGGGAUGGCUUUCUGCAUGGGGGCUGGGGCCAUCAACAUUCUUCCCCAGCCCGUUUCCCCGUCUCUGCCCCGGGGAGGCCUGUCCUUCUGUGCCAGGAAUUGCCCUCCUGGGGGACCAAGAAAUUGGGGGUUGUCUGCCAGCCAUGCCCAGACUUUGCAGACUUUGGGCGGUUGUCUUUCUGCGGUCACGUCUUUGGGGGACCUCACCUGUGGUGCCUGUAGGCGCCUUUCCUCCCACCAAGGGAGUCAAAGGGGCUUGGGCACAAUCCCAUUGGCUGUCUUCCGGCUGGGACCAGCACACGCCCAUCUCUCCCGGCCUGCAGUUGUCCUCCCCAUCACAGACCUGAAGAAGGGUUUGUGUGAAUCCUUCUGAAUCCAUGGCACGUCUUUGCAGUUGCGUAGCAGCCGUGGGGUUUGUGUUGCUGCGCGUAAGCUAAGAGAAGGGGCAGCCUUGUAAAUGGGGGUGGGCGGGCGGGCGGGCAAUAGACCUUUUAAAAAUAGGACCAACUUCUGUCCUCCGGGCAGAAAAGGUGUUUAGACAUAGCAAAGUGGCACAAGCUGGUCUUGGGCCUGAGUUCCGGUUCAGUGUUUUCUGCAGGGAGGGGGGAGCGGCGGAGUUGUGUGUGCGCGCAAAUGCUGCCUUCCCUCUGGAAGGUGGCCAAGGCCGCCCCUUCCUCCCCUUUUUGAACCUCAGUUGUAGGCAGCCUCUCUUUGACCCCUUUGGGGUUCAGCAAAAGGUGCUGCGUUUAUCCCUGCAUGCUCUCUCCUCCUCCCCUCCCCUCUCUGCCCCAUCAACUGCUCAGCAAUCCCACGCCCAAAGGGAAAGGUGCUCUCUGGCGGAGGUCUGGCUGUGGCUGUGGUCUUCCAAUGGACAUAAGCACAACUGUUUACAGUUUAAAAAUACCUGCUGAAUGGGAGUUUUUUCUGAAACUUCUGGAAAAGCUGACUUGGUUCUAAUACAAACUAAAUGAAGGCAACACAAACAUUCUAGAAAUAAUGCACUAAGAGGUAUGUAUCAGAUGUACAGUAUUGAGGAAGAAUUAUGAUGCUCACUUUGUAUUUUGGAUCUUGCCAUGUCUUGAAUUUAAUAAAGUUAUUAUGUCCUUAUUUAUGACAA